GUGACAUCACAGCAGGAGAGCCCCGCCCACAGUGGCACAUAAAUAGAGAUCAAUGCUCUGUUCUCUCACGAGUGUUACACCUGUGAUCAAUCUCUUCACCUGCAUCAGAUGUUGGCUGCUCUGACAAUGGAGGAACGAGAGAACAAGAGGUCUGUUGAACGCAAGAUUGUGCACUGUUUGCAGUGCUACAAGCCACAGGAGAACCUCUCUGUUCACCUGGCCAGGGUGUGCAUGAAAAAAAGCACAGCAGAAGAACGAGCGGAGCAGGUGAAGAUAGCUAAGGCUUCCAGCAGAGAGUGGAUCCGGAAGAACAGGACCUGGAAUUACCAGCAGCUCUGUGAGCUCCUGCCUGACAGAUGCUCUCGGAUCUCCAUGGUCAAGGAGCUUCUUCGCCGUGGUUUCUUCAUCAUGAACCAGCCAGAGGAGUCCGACAUGGUCUUGGACCCUGAAGGUGACCUGGCCUCUGAUGAUGGUGAUGCAACCACCGCCGAAUCCUCCGGAGAUCCUCAAACAAUAUCCCAAUCUGUGAGGUCAAAGAUAAAGAAAGAGGAGGGUCUGCUUGACAAGUUCCCUGCUCGGGCUGGGCUCUUGGUGGACUUUAAAAACUACUUGACUAUGUCAAAGAAGGUCCCCAACUGGAAACAGGAGAUUGACAACGUGUCCCGUUUCCUUCGGUACUUGCAUCCCACUGAGAUUGAGCCGUCUCUGGACUUCCUGUCAAAAAGCAGAGAGACCCAGGACUUUCUGACGGCCUUGAAGCACACUGAUGUGUCUUCAGCCACCAUCCACAAUUACAUCAAGAGCAUGAAUAGGUUCUUAGAGUACUUGAUGCUAAGACUGGAUUUUCAAAAAAGAGACCCGCAGCUGUCGACCAACUGCCAGAGAUACGCUAACAUGUUGAAGACCCUGCAGAAGACUGUACUCAAGAGCCACGAUGACAAGACGUCUGACUCAAGACCUGAAGGCACUCCCUGCAUUAAAGAUUGCCAGAAGAUUUUGAGAGAGGCAAAGCCAGACUUCCUUUGUAUCCAUAAGAAUCUGCUUAUAGGGAAAAAGGUCUCAAAUGCAGAGAAGAUGCUGUACCGCUAUUACUGCGAGGCGCUCUUGGUCUUCCGUCACAUGCAGCUUCCAGGAGCUGUGGAAGGCUUGACAGAUGCAGACUGGGUAGAGAGGAUCGCACAAGAUGGCAGGGUGGUGAUUGGUGUAAGGCAGGAGAAAACUGCGAGUAUGCAAAUCGCCUUGACACAAGACGAGGAAGCUUGCUUCCAGCUGUACUACAAGGAGAUCAGGCCUAAGAACAUUGGGCUCAAAAAGUUCUGCCAAAGUUUUUUUACUACGACGUCUGGUGAUGCUGUUCAUAAUGUCUCACAAGACAUGAAUCGCCUCCAUGAAAUGUAUAAGCUGACCCCUUUCAGGAGUUAUGAUGUACGGAGGGCCGUUAAGAACGCUGCAGAAAAUCUUCCAGCACACCAACAUGAGGCUGUGAUUCAUUACCUGACCCAUAGCACUAGUGCAGACAGAAGGCCACGGCCUCAGGAUAUUGUGGAUGCAGCUUUACUGCUAGACUCCUUGAAGGGCACUUCUACAGAAGAUGACACCUCCUUGGCUGAGCUGAGUACUGCUGGAAACAGGGAGCAACAGGCUUUGCGGAAAGACUUCUCUGCCUUUCUGGACAGAUUUCCAGUUUCAAUGGAGGGCCAGCCACCGACCAAAAAGCAGCGGGUCGAUUCAGGGUUUCCUGAAGACCGUGUCUUCUAUGACAAGUGGAGAGCCACCCAGUAUACCCAGAGAGAGGAAUAUCUGUUGUCACAAUUCACACACCACAAGCCAUCUGCCUCAGAGGUGUUAAGUCUGAUUGCACAGGAGGGGUGGAAGGCCAACUGUCCAAAGCCAGAAGAAAUUGAACGCCUGUGGAAACCAGCGUCCACAGACACCAUUGAGACAGAUGAGGUUAUAAUAAAAUGUGUGUCUGAGCAGGCCUGGACAGGCCUGGCCUUCAAGGACUUUGGUGCUGAGGAGGGUCUAGGGGUGGUUGCAACCCGACCGUUUUCUAAAGGCGACAUUGUGUGCGAUUACCACGGAAAGGUAAUCAGUGCAGCCGAAGGGAUGGCCAUGAUGGAGGGACAUCGUGACGAGGCCAGGUACCUGUUCUUCUUUAAAGCUGGACAGAGAGACAUGUGCAUUGAUGCAAAUAUGGGCUGCAAUUGCCACCCCAACACAGACACAGUCGGCCGUAGAAUUAAAUGUUGUUCUAAGAGGCCCAACCUGGAGCCCCUUCACUGUGUGAUGAAGGUAGAUGGAGAGGACCAGGAUGUCAUCCUCUUCAAGGCACUGCAGGACAUCAGCAUUGACACACAAUUAAAAUUCUACACUGGAGUAAUAAGAAAGUCUUUCCUUGGCCUGGACCUGGAUUGGUUGGAUGAGUAGGCUGGGUCCACAGGUCCAUUAUCUGCUUCUCCACUGGCAGGCCAGUGCAAGACAGUGCUUUCAACAGACUAGCGGGGCAAAUAGCCUUGGACCAGUAACAUCAAGCCCGAAAUCAGGCUGCGUUUCUACUGUCGGACCAGUACUUAAUCAAAAUGUCCUCAACACGACUCUCUGGAACAGUGGCAUGCAACCUCAUCAUCUGACCAACAAGACGUUUUCUCACAUUGAAACUAGCAAGAUUGCAAUACCAACAUUUUUUUUCACUUCUAGAAUUAAAACCCAAGCAACAGUUUUACCACAGUUCUACAAUAAAAACAAUAAUUAAUU